UGCAUCAUCCAGCAAAAUCACCUUUUCAUCAUCUACUAAUAUCAUUUAAAUACAAAAAGAAAAAUAUAACUUUCCAUGAUGUAUCAUGGAAUAUACCCUAAUGAAUGGUUACGCUGCACUUACGCACAAAACUCUUAUACUCUCUGUGAUGAGUGUAAAGUUCCCUGGAAGAAGGCUCCGCUGUUUUCCGCCUCAGCUCUUCGUUUCUCGAGCGUCGACGAUGGCAGCGAAAGGGAACAUAGUUCUGUUCCCGUUCUUGGCUCAGGGCCACAUGAACCCCUGCCUCGACCUCGCCCGCCUCCUCGCCGCCCGCCACCCCGGUCUCACCCUCACCCUCGUCACCACCACCGGCAACCUCCCCCACCUCCGCCGCCUCUUCCCCCACGACCUCUUCCCCUCCCUCCGCCUCGCCGCCAUCCCCUUCCGCCCUUCCGACCAUGGCCUCCCCCCCGACGCCGACACCACCUUCGCCCUCCCCGCCCACCUCGUCACCCCCUUCAACCACGCCACCUACUCCCUCCAACCUCACUUCCACCGCCUCCUCUCCGACCUCUCCGCCGCCGGCGCUGGUGGCGCCGACCCUCCCCUCCUCUGCGUCAUCGCCGACAUGUUCCUCCCCUGGACCGUCCCCGUUGCCCAAUCCCUCGGCGUCUUCCACGCCGUCCUUUACACCUCCGGGCCUUUCGCCAUGUCGAUUUAUAAUUAUAUUUGGAGCUAUCUCCCCCACGCCGCCUCCGACGCCGACGAGUUCGCCGUCCCGGACCUCCCCGGCGUCGCCGUCCGCCGCUCUCAGCUCUCCCGCAACAUGCUCUCCGCCGCCUCCCCCGACCACUCCACCGCCGUCUUCGUCCGCCGCCAAGCCGAUCUCUGCCGCGGCUCCGGCGCCGCACUCUGGAACACCGCUGACGCCCUCGAGAAGCCCUUUCUCGACGCCUGGGCUAGUUCCUCCGGCCUGCCCGUCUUCGCGGUGGGCCCCCUCUUCGCCGCCGCGCCGAAGCCUCCCGCCGGCCGCGGCGUGAAGGACGGAGGCGCCGCCGACCCGGCAGCCGGUUGCCGAGCUUGGCUGGACCGGCACCCGCGGGGGUCGGUGGCGUACGUGUCGUUCGGAUCGCAGAACCGGCUGCCGGCCGGGGAGGCGGCGGCUCUUGCAGCGGCGCUGGAGGGGCAGGGGCGGCCGUUCCUCUGGGCGGCGCCGGCGGCGGACCAGGCGCCGGAAGGGGUCGUGGGAGAGGGAGUCGGACUGGUGGUCAGGGGUUGGGUCCCGCAAAUCGAGAUUCUAGCCCACGCGGCGACGGGGGCGUUCGUGAGCCACUGCGGGUGGAACUCGUUGUUGGAGAGCAUGCGGCACGGGGUGCCGGUGAUCGCGUGGCCACUGGGGGGCGAGCAGUUCUGCAACGCGAAGCUGAUGAAGGAGGAGCUCGGGGUGUGCAUGGAGGUGGGGAGUGCGGCGGAGGCGGCGGCGGCGGUGGCGGAGGUGAUGGGGGAGGGGGAGAGGGGGAGGGAGAUACGACGGAGGGCGAGGGAGGUCGCGGCGGAGCUGGAGGCGGCGGUGUCGGAAUCCGGGGGGGUCAAGGGGGCAUCGCUGAGGGCACUGGAUGAGUUCUUGGAGGUGGUGGGUGCUCAGACACUCCGAUUGCGCUGAUCAACGGCCGGCGGUGUGAUUUCAAGGUGAUCUUUUGCGCCUGUGCGUGCUAUGCUUCUUUGGUCGUGCCUCCGGUCAAACCGGCCGGACCGAUGGGGCCGCAUGUUCCCAUCCCCCCCCCCCCCCCCCCUAAAAUUCUUAGUAAACGACAUGAACGUAUUUAGCUACACCUUUGAUCAAGCUCGUUUCUAUUUAAAAGUAUUUAGCAUUACUCAUUCUCAUAAGGAUCUUAAAAAAAAAAGAUUUGCUUUACGAUGCAUGCGAGUGGGUCAUGCAAGGGAAAACUGUGAGUGGGCUUCAAGCUUUGGUCUCCAACAUAUCAUGAUCAAUUCCAAACAUUUGCCUUAUAACAUAUUACAUUAUAUCAUGACAAAAUUUGAG